CUGUUUAAGAGUCCAUGGAGCAGAGGCGCCUUGCACCGCGUUGUUGCGUGUGCCUGUCACAAUAUGGCGGCUACGUUGACGUACGACCCGGACGCUCCUGCCGCAUCUGUUCUUGUUAGAUCUACGCAGCACGAAGCAAGCUGGAGUGAAGGCCGCCGAGUCUCGGACACGCUGAAACGGGACGACAGGGAAGAGCAGGCAACUUUGUAUGGAUGUUAGAAUUUACCUUCUGGAAAACCCGAGCUGCUAAAGGAGAACGACGUUUUGUAAGCAGACGAAGAGACCUUUAAAGAGAUGUUUGAGCUUAAUUAAUUAUUCCCGAGAGGAUCUUACAGUUUGACUUGCCAAACAAAUCAAAAUGCGAAGCGCUCUAUGAGGAGGAGCUCAGCGAAGACGGCCGAUGUUCACCUUUUUCUAGGCUCUAUAAAACAAGUUAUUUAAAUAUUUUUUUGUUGUUUUUUUUUUUUUUAAGUAGAAACAACACAGCAACAGGAUGGCAGAGCAUGAAAGCUUGGAGUUUGGGAAGGCAGACUUUGUGCUUUUAGACAACGUGUCAAUGGAUGAAUUCAUGGCCAACUUAAAACUCAGGUUUGAGAAGGGGAGGAUCUACACCUACAUUGGAGAGGUGGUGGUGUCAGUCAACCCGUACCGUGCCAUGAACAUUUACGGCCGGGACACCAUAGAGCAGUACAAAGGCCGUGAACUGUACGAGAGGCCGCCACACCUCUUCGCCAUCGCUGAUGCUGCCUACAAAGCCAUGAAGAGGAGGAACAAAGAUACUUGUAUUGUCAUCUCAGGGGAAAGUGGUGCAGGAAAAACCGAGGCCAGCAAGUACAUAAUGCAAUAUAUAGCUGCUAUUACCAACCCUAAUCAGAGGGCGGAAGUUGAAAGAGUAAAAAACAUGCUGCUGAAAUCCAACUGUGUCCUGGAGGCCUUUGGAAACGCCAAAACCAACCGCAAUGACAACUCCAGCCGCUUCGGCAAAUACAUGGACAUUAACUUUGACUUCAAAGGAGAUCCCAUCGGGGGCCACAUCAGCAACUACCUGCUGGAGAAGUCCAGGGUAAUUUUUCAGCAGGAGGGGGAAAGGAGCUUCCACUCAUUCUACCAGCUGCUGAAAGGAGCUCCAGAUUCCCUCUUACGCUCUCUUCACAUUCAGAAAGACCCAAUGGCCUACAACCACAUCAAAGUUGGAGGCCAGAUUAAGUCUGGCAUCAAUGAUAGUGCUGAUUUCAAAGCAGUGGCUGAUGCCAUGAAAGUAAUUGGGUUCACAGGCGAUGAGAUUCAGACUGUUUACAAGAUCCUGGCAACCAUCCUACAUCUGGGAAACCUGGCAUUUGGAGUGGACGGUGAUGUUACGUUGAUAGAGAACACAAAACUAGUUUCUGUGAUCAAGGAGCUUCUUUCUACCAAGGAGGAAAAUGUGGAGAAGGCUCUGCUGUAUCGCACCGUGGCCACAGGUCGAGAUGUCAUUGAAAAACAGCACACAACACAGGAGGCCAGUUAUGGGCGAGAUGCUUUAGCAAAGGCAAUGUAUGAGCGUUUGUUCUGCUGGAUCGUUGGACGCAUCAAUGAUAUUAUUGAGGUGAAAAAUUAUGAUGCUAGAGUCCAUGGGAAGAACACAGUCAUCGGAGUGUUGGACAUCUAUGGGUUUGAAAUUUUCCAGAACAACAGCUUUGAACAGUUUUGCAUCAACUACUGUAAUGAAAAGCUGCAGCAACUUUUCAUUCAGCUGGUUCUAAAGCAGGAACAGGAGGAGUAUCAGAGAGAAGGCAUCCCCUGGAAACAUAUUGAUUACUUCAACAACCAGAUUAUUGUUGAUUUGGUUGAGCAGCAGCAUAAAGGUAUCUUCUCUGUUCUGGAUGAAGCCUGUAUGAAUGUGGGCAAAGUCACGGAUGAGGUCUUCCUGCAGGGACUGAACGUCAAACUGGCAAAGCACGCUCACUUUACAAGCCGCAAGCUCUCACCAACUGAUAAGAGUCUGGAGUUUGACAGAGACUUUCGCAUCAGGCACUAUGCAGGGGAUGUGGCGUACUCAGUGGUGGGCUUUAUUGAUAAGAACAAAGACACUCUGUUCCAAGAUUUCAAGAGGCUUUUGUACAACAGUUCCAAUCCAGUACUAAAGGGGAUGUGGCCUGAAGGCAAACUGAGAAUCACAGAGGUCACCAAACGGCCGCUGACAGCAGCAACGAUCUUCAAAAACUCCAUGAUCUCUCUGGUCGAUAACCUUUCUAGCAAGGAACCCUACUACGUCCGCUGCAUCAAGCCCAACGAUGUCAAAUCUCCUCUUCUAUUUGAGUCCGAGCGCUGCCGCCACCAGGUGGAGUACCUCGGGCUGCUGGAGAAUGUCAGAGUGCGUCGGGCCGGCUUCGCCUAUAGACAGACAUAUCCUCGAUUUUUACAGAGAUACAAGAUGAUCUCCGAGUUUACAUGGCCAAACCAUGACCUGCCAUCAGACAAAGAUGCCAUUAAGAAGCUUUUGCAGGGCUGCAGGUUUGACCAUGACGUGGCUUACGGCAAAACAAAGAUCUUCAUCCGUACUCCGCGUACUCUCUUCAGCCUGGAAGAGCAGCGAGCUGAAAUGGUCCAAAGAAUUGUCAUCUUCCUCCAGAAGGUUUGGCGGGGAACCCUCGCCAGAAUGCGAUACCGGCGGAUGCGUGCUGCCCUCAUCAUCCUGCGGGCGUACCGACGCUACAAGGUUAAGUCCUACAUACGGGAGGUCAACCGUCGCUUUAAAAAUGUGCGCUCCAUGAAAGACCAUGGCAGACAUGUGAAGUGGCCGACACCACCCAAAGUCCUGCGCAGGUUUGAAGACGCAAUGAAGAGCAUCUACAACAGGUGGUGGGCAUGGACAAAGAUCAAAGGCCUCUCUCCAGAGGAGACUCUAAAGGUCAGGGCCAAGGUAGCCAGCCUGGAGGCCCUGAAGGGCCAAAGGGCUGACUUGGGCUUACAGAGAGCCUGGGAGGGAAACUACGUGAAGCGUGACAGCCCUGACACCGCUUCAUCGUUCACACUUGUUUCCAGCGAGCUGCAGCGGAAAGACAAGUUCAUGAGAGUUUUGUUCUCCUGCAACGUGAGAAAGAUCAACCGUUUUCACAAGGCUGAGGACCGGGCUUUGCUCAUCACUGACCGACACCUGUAUAAGAUGGAUCCCCUGAGGCAAUACAAACCUAUGAAGAACAUCCCUCUCUACAACGUGACAGGACUGAGCGUGUCCCCUGGCAAGGAUCAGCUGAUUGUGUUUCACACCAAGGAUAGCCGGGAUCUUGUGGUGUGCCUGCAGGGCAUGGUGCCUGCCAAUGAGAGCCGCAUCGGGGAGCUGGUUGGAACCCUGCUUAGUCAUUUCAAGAGUGAGAAGAGGAGGUUGCAGGUGAACAUUGCAAGCCCUAUCCAGUGCAGCAUGAACGGACGAAAGUGCACGGUCGUUGUCGAGCCAAAGAUCAACCAGUCACAUCCGGACUUCACCAAGAGCAGAGCCGGUUACAUUCUGGCUGUUCCUGGAAACUAAAACGGGCCAAAAGAAGAAAGUGUAAUAACUAAUUUUAAACUAUUCCAAGAUUGUAAUGAAGAUUGUUUUUGAUUUGCAGAGUUGCUGCUGAUGUGACAAAAUAGCUCUACUGCUGGACUGAUAUUUUAAAUAAGCCAAAUUUGUCCUUAUUUGGUUGCAGCGUUAUUGAAAAAGGCAUUAUCAGUUGAACAGAUUUAAAAGAAUAUGCACUUAUUAUUUACCAAAGGGGAACUUUUGCUUUGUUUAAAAUCUGUAUUUGAGUUUAUUUGCUUUGUGCAAUAUUUAGUUCAUUGCAUACUGAUUAGUGUUAGUCAAGGUGAGAACAGAUUAUUUGAGAGCUGUUCUCAGGAUCACCGUUGUUGCAUAAUAGCUGCAAAAUCCAAAGGUUUUACAGGAAUUUAUAAUCUCUGAAGCACCAUGUGUUAGGGUCGGCCAAAACCGGAACCCUUGAAAACGAAGAAGAUUGUUGGUCAUAUCUGCUUUAAUUUGUUUAAUUUAUGUUUUAAAUUUAUAAUACUAAUAAAAUCAAAGACGUUACCUACAUAAAGGAGAUAAUGAAGAACCUGGGAUGUCUGUUUUACUUAAAUGUUUACGGGUGAAUCAUGAAACAGGGGCAAAGUCUCAAUGACAAAUUAUUAUGGUUUUCAUCACAGGUUGUUUGGUAGAAUGUGUUGAGCACAUUCUUAACAAAACAAUCCUGCUAUAUAAAGCAUAUGUAUAUGUGUUAAAAUCUAACAAUCCAUCUGUUGUUAUCUAUGCAAAUAUUGUUUUCUAACACUUUAAUACAAUAAAGAUCAGGAAAUCUAUUUUAUAAGUAAUGCUUGGCAAAAACUGAAUAUCAAGUAGCAAAUUAACCAAAUUAUAAGAUUUUUUUUAUAAGCUAUUUUCAGUUCAUAUUCUGUGUAACUAUAAAACUCAAUGAUUUGGUUUGCUUCAGUGUUGCUUGCCAACUGUAUAAUCCCUUGUCAACUUAAGCUUCUAAACAAAGUUUAAUUUUCUGCCUUUGUGUUUAGUGAAGGGCAUAAUGACUUGCAGUGGUUCUCAAGCAAGACAAAACUAUGGUGGAGAUCAUGUUUAAGUGUGACUAAAGAUGCAGGUUAUCUUUUCUUUUCUUUUUUUUAUUAAAUCUUUUCUAACUAUUUCAGUUUCCCAGUAGCUCACAGUUCAAGUUGUAGACCAUUGAGACAGAGUUGGACACAUUUGGACAGUACUUUGUAUCGGUCAGCUUUUGGUGAUGUACUUUUCUUUUUGGAAACCCAAGUAACACAAGACACAUUAUUUCAGUUUGGUUUGUUUUCCCACAAGAUGUCAGUUGUGUUAAAGCCAUUUUCUUCUAGUGUUAGCCAAUUACAUAAUGUGUUUCUCUCUGUUUUUGCAAAAUAAUCUGUCAGCACUGAAUGUCAGAAAACAAAAAUGUCAUGUUUUAGGAUGUGGGUUUCAUUGUACAUCUAAUGAGUGAAAUAAGAAGCAUACAGUGCAAAGAAUAUAACCAUUAAAAUCAUGAGACAUCCACAGUUUGCAGAUUGGUGAUGCCAGUUAAAAUUGCCGAGCCAUUUACGGGUCAUACUAACCUACUCAUUGGCAACAAUAAUUAAAUCCAUUCUUAGAUUAAACAGACAAGAUUUUAGGCUCAAAAUGUCAUAACCCAAUCAUCGAGAAUAAAUAUUUAUUACUGCUCUUUAUACUUGCAAAACCGUUUUCACGUAAAAUUGUUCUAGUCAUUGUUCUAGAGCUCUCAUUAAAGUAUUAGUUUCUACAGAACUGUUUUGUUCUGGCUUAAACUGGCUAGCUAUCAAGCUAACUGCUAACAUGCUAACUGACAAGCUAACCACUACCACAUUAGCUAAAAAGCUAGCUGCUUAUGUGCAUGCUAAUUAGCUAACCACUAAAUAAUUAGAUAGCAAAAUAAAUACUAAGGUACUAGCCAACUCGAAAACCAUUAUUGUAAUAUAACAUAGAAAUAUCCCUUGCAUUUUCUUAAACUUUUUUCCUUCAUUUAGUCUAAUAUGAUAUUAAAUUGUAUUAAUAGGUUGAACAGAAAAAGCAGAAAUUCUGGUCUUAAAAUAUGUUUUUGCUACUUGUCAGCUAUAGCCUAAUCAUUUUGAGGUUUUUUCUUCAUUUCUGUAUUUUCUGUGUUUUACAUUGAUGGACUAAAAAGGUUGAUUUGAUUUCUUUUCAUUAUUGUAGUUUAGAAGAGUCUGUUAAUCGUGUGAGGCAGAUUAUUUUAUUGAAUUUAAAAGCAAUCCUAUUAUGCAGAUUUGCUUUUUUUUCUUACUGACAUCAGUAGCCUACCUUAUGUAAUCCUAAAUAUAACAAAAUAAAAAAAGAAGAUAUUGUUAGCAUGUGCAGUCCCUGAAACUUUGUCAGUCCUUUUACUAAUGAUUUUUGAAAGUUAAAGAAAAGUUCCAACAUUUACAGAAAUUUUUAUUUCCUCAGCUGUUUACUUGAACAAGAGGGAAUGUCUGCCCAAACUCAAUCUGUUGCUUACAAAGUCCACACAGCAUGGUGUACGAGAAUUAAACAUGUUGCUGGAUGUUUUCAUUGGAAUUGCAAAAAUUAUAAAAUCAAGCAAAAGACACCAACUGUUGUUUGAUGAUUGACUGCAAAAUCAAAACUUCCCUUUAUGUUCACUCUAGACUAAAGGCUUUAUUCACAGCAAAGAGAACUUUGGUGGUUUUUAAGGCCCUGCCAGCACAGUCACCUAACUGUAUGUGUUUUAGACAGGAAAGAACUGUUUGUUGUAUUUGGUUUGAAUCAGGGAAGUGGUGUAGGUUUUGUUAGUCUUCAAAGGAGUGUCUUUCUGUGUCUGUGUGAACUAUAACAGUGAAGCUCUGCUUGUCCCACAGCAUGAUAAUCUCCCACAGGGUUUUCCUCUUUCCCUCUUCUCUGCUCAUCAUUAGGAUGGAUUUUGUGUAAUUUCUUACUUCAGCCCUUCUCUCCAGGCUGCGCAGUAUUUCUUAAAUUUAUUAUCGUAUUAUCAACAUCAUAGAGAACUGCUUGGAUUGCAGUAAAUAUUAGGUUAGUGUACAUCUAUUUGAUUAUGUUUUGUUAAAUAUAGCAGAAACUGCUAAUUAGGUUAUUUCCAGUAUUUGGAUAGACUGCUCACUAUCUGAAGUCUAUUUUGCAAUUAAGCUAAAGCAGAAAACUGUAGAUCUACAUAUUUCAUUAUUUAUCACUAGUCAUGUCUUCAUUAACAUUCAUCUAUAGUAUCAAGUGACAUGUUUUUUCUGUUAUUGUGCAGCCCUAAAGCACACAUUCUUAUUUGGAAAUAUGUAGAGCCUCCAGUGCACCAAAACACUGUACCGUACUGUGCAAACGUGAUAUUUUGCUUUCCAUGAGCCAGACUUUGUUGCAAUUCUUCCACAUGGUCUUAUUCAGUAGUUCUUGAGGCAUUUUAAAGGUCUUAUAAUGGUUUUGCUUUGAAUGUUUGCUGUUUAUUCAUUGACAAUGUUAUCUUUUAGGCACUCUGUUGAUAGCAUCUUGUCACAAAACACAAUUUGUUCCAAUUUCUUGUCCUUAAUUUAUGAAAAACACUGAAGGGUAAAGGUUUUAGUAGAAAAUACAUUUUCCCUGACAUGAUGAAUCCAACAACUAUUGGCUCAAAACUUGGCAUACAGUCGAUCAACUAAAGGAUGAUACAGGAGGGACCUAUGUCAGAUGUUCAAGAUCUGAUUUUCUACCUACUGUUCUUCUUCUGUAAAUAUUUUUUUCCUUUUUUGCCUCACAUGACAUCUUUUGUUUCUUACUUGUCCACUUUCUUAUUUUUAAGCACACAGAGUGAUAUGCAGGCAUUGUCUGGUACAAGAACUAGACAGAAAAUUAGCAAAAAGCAGCCAAAGGCCAGAGAAAACUAUUGAAAGACAUUAGAAAACCCCCAAGAAAUAAUGAUCAAAACCACUUUUAGAAAAGACAAAAAAGUAAAAAAAAAAAAGAAAUGGAAGCAAAUUAUAACUGAUCAAAGGCUCUUUUGAAAAUUAUUAAAUAUAAUACCUAAAAUACUCAAAACUGUAAGUUACACUUUUUUAUAGUCACUGACGCUCAGGCUUAAAAGUUCCAAAAAAUAUCACCUAAGCUGUCACAAGCUGUAGACUGGAAUGGUUAUAUCAUUCUCUGCUGCCAUUACAGCAAGUGAAAAGCAGUGAAGUUUUUGCAUCUGCACUUUCUAACCUCCAUUGCUGAUCUGUGGCAAAAUCUGUGCAAGAAACUCUCCAAGUUAUACUGAUUACCCAACAUAGUUUCUUUAAAAAAAAAACCUUGCAUUACAAUUCAUACAAUACAUCACUAUCUGAAGGCUGAGGAAAAAAUAUGCAUCGUCUACAGAUUUAUUUUUCUUUGAUUUAUUUUUGGUGUGGAAAACAAAUAAUUAUUUUCAUAUUUUUGACAUUCUGUUGAUAUUUAAAUAAAAAAGUUUUAAAAAAAAAACAUCUUAUUUCUAUUCAUCCCUUUACAUGUGUCAACAUAUAAAUGACAGCUUUUGUGCCAUUAUGUCCUUACUGUAAUCAAGGGUUUUUAGUGUUUUUCUCCCCAGCCUCAUCUAACACAGCUCUGUUAUCAUCCCUAUCCAUGUUGGCCAAUUUGUAAUUGAUUAUAUGUUCUUUUUGUAAUUUCUGCUCUCAGUGUCUUUAAAUUAAAUCUGUGUUUGCACCUUUUCUUCAAUAUGUGCCUAAUUUUAUAUUAGGUUUUAUAUUUUGUAUUGAUUCCAUACUACACAUAUAAAAAAUGGAUAAUAUCGAAAGUAAAACUAAAGGGAAAUGCUGUAAUUCUGUGUUGUGCAUAUAGUUUUUUGUAUGAUUCAGGUUCAGCUGUUUAUGAUGUUCCACAAUGAUAAAUAAGUGUUGCAUUAAUCAAUUUAUUAAUAAAUGUAUUUGCUUCAGUA